AUGGCCUGCUGCUCUGAGGCCCUAGGCUCAGAAAGGACCACAUACUCCAGGUUCAAGAGCUCCAUUAAGAGGAAGCUGGCGACCAGGGCGCCUGCGGCGACCAGCCCUGUUGUCACAAGAUGGCAGCAGCCGCACGCGAGAGGCUGCGCAGAGGAGCCGAACAGGGCCCGUUGUGUGACCUGUAUUUGUGCCUCCGCGGGGCCUCAGUUCAUCAGCAUACCUGGGAAGGCUCCGGUGAUACCUCAGGUGCCUAAGAAAUUCUCCACCAUGAAAACCAUUGUGACUCUAACUAGCAGUCAUGCAACAAGGGGCUUGGAAGGGAGGAAUAACAGGAGAGCUGACAUGGAAAAGAAGCAGAAAUGUCCUUCUCAGCUUCCAGUGAUCCAGGAGGUUGGAUAUAGCAUUGCAGAAAGUGGUGACAUGAAGGUCUGUGAAAAUAUCAGUUCUGGAAAGCAUCUGGAAAGAGAAGGGUGUCAAGAGGGGACCCAGAAUGAGUUUAGAGCUGUUAUCAUCAUGAAGUCUUCCAUACCAUUGGAGCCUGAAGUGAGGCUUCAUAUUACUGGCUUGCACAAUGAUUACUAUCUAAACAUACUGGACUGGAGCCUUGAAAGUCUCAUUGCUAUUGCUGUAGGACCUGCUGCACACAUCUGGAAUGGAGGAACUCUUCAAGCCACCAAAUGCAUUGAUUUGAAUUCCAGUUCUAAAUACAUUUCAUCUCUGGCUUGGAUAAAAGAAGGAACUUGCCUUGUGAUUGGCACCAGUGAUGGAGAAUGGCAAAUGUGGGACAUUGAAACCAAAAAGAGGUUGAGAAAUAUUUUUGGUCACCUGUUUGUAGUUGGAGCUUUGAGCUGGAAUAAUUUUGUCAUCUAUAUUGGUUCACGACUAGGAUCUAUUCAUCACCAUGAUGUUCGGGCCGCGCAGCACCAUGUUGGGACUCUUUGCCAAAACACACAAAGCAUUUGCAGCCUGAAAUGGUCGCUAACCAACUGGUUGCUGGCAAGUGGGUCUAGUGACGGUAUAUUGAAUAUCUGACCUAGUGAUCCUGGUGUGAAAUUGCAGUCACUACCACCGAAAACCAUACCUCAUUCCUCAGCAGUUAAGGCUAUUAACUGGUGUCCUUGGCAGUCCAAAGUCCUUGCUACAGGGGGUGGAAUGAAAGAUGGGAUUUUGCAUGUCUGGGACAUAAACCGUGAGAAAAUAAUCCAAAGUGCAGCUACAGAUUCUCAGAUUUGUUCCUUGCUCUGGUUACCCAAAACCAGCGAACUGAUGAUUGGACAAGGCCUUCCUGGAAAUCAGAUGAAAAUAUGGAAGUAUCCAAUACUUAUCAAUUAAUCAGAUCUCUAUGGAAAGUAUUUCAGUCACAAAGGGAGAGUCCUGCAUAUAGCCCUGAGCCCAGAUCAGAGCAGGCUCUUUUCUGUUGCGGCUGAUGUGAUAGCUUGUCUGUGGAAGUGCCACGAGUCUGAGGACAGCAAGCACAGCAGCAAGGCUUUUUCGGAUGGUUAUUUGAGCUCAUUCUUGUGA